AUUUGGCCUCUUCCCCUCCAGUUAAGUUUCUGGUGUCACUUAGGAGGCGUCCCUCUUGCAGAGCUGCGAUCUGUGUACUCUGGGAGGAGGGUGCGUGGGCUACGGCUCUCGCCUGCAGACUCUGCACAGUCCCAGGCUCCUGUCCUGCCAGAGGACACAAAUCAUCCCUUCUCCCCGCACCCUGGCCUUGCCGACCCUCUGCUAACUCAGGCCUUUGUUGCUCCUGGUUCUGUCUUGGAAGAGCCUAGCCUGAAGAGGGAGAGUGGUUUGAAGGAGGGACAAUGCCGGGGCUAUGCCUGCUGUGCUGGGCGCUGCUCCUGGGCCUGGUGAGAGGCUGUCCUGAGGCCUGUGACUGCGGUGAGAAGUACGGCUUCCAGAUCGCCGACUGCGCCUACCGAGACCUGGAGGCUGUGCCACCUGGCUUCCCAGCCAACGUGACCACGCUGAGCCUAUCCGCCAACCGGCUACCGGGGCUUCCCGAGGGUGCUUUUGGGGAGGUGCCGCUGCUGCAGUCCCUGUGGCUGGCACACAAUGAGAUCCGCAAGGUGGCCAUAGGUGCCCUGGCCCCACUGGGCCACCUCAAGAGCCUGGACCUCAGCCAUAACCUCCUAUCAGACUUUGCCUGGAGCGACCUGCACAACCUCAGUGCCUUGCAGCUGCUCAAGAUGGAUAGUAAUGAGCUGACCUUCAUCCCACGUGACGCCUUCCGCAGCCUGCGUGCCCUACGCUCCCUGCAGCUCAAUCACAACCGCCUGCACACACUGGCCGAGGGCACCUUUGCACCACUCACCGCGCUGUCUCACCUGCAGAUCAAUGACAACCCCUUCGACUGCAACUGCGGCCUUGUGUGGCUCAAGACAUGGGCACUAGCCACAGCCGUGUCCAUCCCAGAGCAGGACAAUGUGGCCUGCACAUCACCCCACAUGCUCAAGGGCACCCCGCUGAGCCGCCUGCCACCUCUGCCCUGCUCGGCACCCUCUGUGCAGCUCAGCUACCAGCCCAGCCAGGAUGGUGCUGAGCUGCGGCCUGGCUUCGUGCUGGCGCUGCACUGCGAUGUGGAUGGGCAGCCGGCCCCGCAGCUGCACUGGCACAUCCAGACCCCUGGUGGCACUGUGGAGAUCGCCAGCCCCAAUGUGGGCACUGAUGGCCACGUCCUGCCUGGAGCCCCGGCAGUGCCCGGUGGCCGGCCACGCUUCCAGGCCUUCGCCAACGGCAGCCUGCUCAUCCCCGACUUUGGCAAGCUGGAGGAGGGCACCUACAGCUGCCUGGCCACCAAUGAACUGGGCGGCGCAGAGAGCUCGGUGAAUGUGGCACUGGCCACCACGGGCGAGGGUGGUGAGGAUGCACUGGGGCGCAGGUUCCAUGGCAAGGCAGUGGAGGGCAAGGGGUGCUACACAGUUGACAACGAGGUACAACCAUCAGGGCCUGAGGACAAUGUGGUCAUCAUUUAUCUCAGCCGUGCCAGGAACCCCGAGGCAGCUGUGCUGGGAAAAGGGGCUGCAGGGCAGUGGUGCCCAGGGCUGGUCCUGGUGCUGGUUCCAAGCCUACUCCUCCUUGGAGUUCCCUUCUAGCCAAGCCCCAGACGGGCCGGAGGCUGGCCCUGACCCUGCCUAUUUUUCGUAAGUGUCAGGGGCUCUGAGCUGGUGACUUCACAUUUUCCUACCUCCCUUCUAAUCUGUUCCAGGCACCCAACACCCCAGCUCCUAGACCUGCUCAAAAUGAGGGACUGGUGGGGAACUGGGUCCCAGCACCAACUUGGUGCCCAUUGCUGCUAACAGAAUCACCCACGACCCCAGCAGGGCCAGCAGGCUCGCAGAGUGAUGCUAAGCCACUGGGGUCCUGGGUGCUGUGACUGCCAGUGGGGGCCACAGAGUGGGCGCUGGGCUACCAGGGCAGAGCAGGGAGGAAGCAAAGGGAGCCGAGGAAGGUGGGGGAGGAGAUGGAGUGGUGGCUUUGCAGCCCCUGUGCUCCCCUGCCCCCUGGUGUCCUCCACACCACAGGCUCCAGAGCUCCUCUCCUCCUCCCAGAUAGGCCUGACCUCCUGGGCUCUCUCCUCCCUCCCUGCUUCUGCCACUGCCCUGGACGUACAUCCACCUUUUCUUCCCCCCAGUUUGCGUCUGUAGCCCCAACCUGCAAAGGGGCCAUCUGGAAUGGCAGAGAAUAAAUUGCAUUUCUCACA